UAAAUGAAAUAGGCUUCAGUUUAGGAGACAUUGUGCUUCAGUACACAACGGGCAGUCACUCAGCAACUACCAAAUCUGACGCGUCUAAUACGUGUUAAAGUCAGCUCAAUUGACCGGACCUCAAGCCAUCAGUUUCUUCAUGUGCAGCAAUUAAGUGAAUAUGUGGAGCAGCAAAGUGUUAGAUAUGUUUUCGUCGCGGAAUCAAGAAGACUGGGAGUUCCCCGACACUCUCGCAGGCUUCGGAUACAAUUUUAAAGAUGGAAAACUAAGGAAUAUUAAGACCGGCCGUCCAUUUGAAUUUGUGGUUCGCGAAGGUGACCAGGCAUACAACCAGAGACAUUAUGAAGCACUUGGAGAGGUUGUAACAGAGGAAGUGUACAACCUCUUAGAAACAGAAUGUGGUCUGGAAAAAGCAACAGUUCCGUACAACUGCAAAAAGGACGAACCAUAUACUUUUAUAUUUGUGUCAGAGGAUGUGAUGACCAAUGAGAAACUCAUGGUACUCAUUCACGGCAGUGGAGUCGUGCGGGCUGGACAGUGGGCUCGCAGGUUGAUUAUUAAUGACAACUUAGAUUCAGGAACACAAAUCCCAUAUAUCAAAAGGGCCAUGAAGGAUGGUUAUGCUGUCCUGGUCAUGAACACAAAUGACAAUUAUCGGAACUGUAAGAAGAAAGAUGUUCCCAUAAGAGGAAGCGAGAGCCCCGAGCACCACGCCGUCCACGUCUGGCAGCACUACUUGCGGUGCACGAAGGCAAAGCACAUCGCCCUUGUGGCACACAGCUUUGGGGGGUGCGUCACCACGGCUCUGUUCGAGAAAUUCAAGGAGGAAUUCCAAGAGCGUGUGUUUGCGGUGGCCAUGACUGACUCGGUUCAUUUUAUUCGCAAACCCUCGGAGUUCAAGGAGCUGGUUAAGAUUUCAUACAACUGGGUGAGGAGUCGGUUCCCGCUGGGCACCAGGCUGGAGACGGAGCAAGGUGACAUCAGGCGAGUUUCAUCAGGGGUGAUGUUGCACGAGGAGACCUCAUGGGCGAGCAUCAACAGCGUCUUCAAGUUCUUCCGAAGGCGGCACGAGCAGGUCCUCCUCGGGGCAAGAGAGGGGCAACCCCCACGCGAGAGCUGCAGCAGUCGCGACUUCCCUGACGACUCUGGCGACGACUCUCCUGACGUGGCUGAUUCGGACGGUCCUGCUUCGACAGACGAUGAGCGCGGGGCGGGGCCGGCGAGGGGAAGGGGAGACGGGAGGAGGGACGGCGAAGGAAGGGGAAGAGGGGAAGGAAGUGGAAGGGGGGUGACUGGGAAA